AUGAAGAUAAUUAUAUACAUUUGCAUUUGGGCUGCUGCAUGGGCUAUUCCAGUUCCUCAAAUUAAACCACUGGAGAGACAUGCUGUUGAAAAAUCUUUGAAUUUACCUCUUCAAGCAAAAUCAAAAUUACCAGUACAGAAUGAGUUAAUUGUCAAUGACAUCACUAAAGAAAGUGGUGGUACUCUGUACGAAAGUGAAAUAGAAAGGCAACAGCAUAUCAAAGAUGGUGACAAAGGACAGGGGAAUGGCUCUGAGUGGGCAGAAGGAAGAGAAAAAAAUCCUUCUACACAUUUCAUUUUAGCAAGUGAAGAGGGAAAUCUUGAAGAUGAAAAUGGAGGCACAAGAACUCCAGAAACAUAUGGUCAUGAUGAGGUACAUGGAAAAGGAGAUACCACAGCAAAUGCUAUCAGGGGACAAGUGAGCAUCUCCAGCAGUGUUAGAACAGUAAAUGAGAGCAGAAUUGAUGAAAAUACUGACCAUAUUCUAAAAGAUAGGGAUGGAACAGAUGCAAGCCAGAAUGCCACUGUUGUCCAAGAAAAUAGACCACAAGUAGCUGAUAGCAAUAAUAGUACAAACCAUGAAGAUAAAAUAGACAGGAUUGAGGGUGAUCAAAAUUCAACAACAUCUCACACAGAAGGAGAGAGGAAUGGCAAUGGGAAGGCUGAGGUAAUACCAGACAAUGGGGAAGAUGCUGGCCUGGAUAAUUCUGAUGGGAAUCCUAGUGGAAAUGGAGCAGAUGAGAAUGAAGACAAGGGCUCUGGUGACAAUGAAGGUGGGGAAGCAAAUACUAAGGAAGAGAGCAGUGAUCACAGCAAGGGCCAGGAAGGACAGGCUCAGGGAAAAAAAGAAGAGAAAAGCACAGGUCAAAAUUCAGUUGAAGACUGUGACUCUGAAGAGAAGGAAGAUCUCAACAAUAACACUGGUACAGAUGAUAGCUCUAACAGCGAAGAAGAGUCUGGUGGUAUUCUAGAAGGCAAUGGUAGCCAAACAGAGAACCCUCAAGAAUCAAGUCACAGAGAAAGUAAAAGUGUGGGAAAUGGAAUCAUUCAACAGUCAGGCCCAAGUACUAUUGGAAAGAGUCAAGAUAAGGGAAUGAAAAUGGACUCUCCCAACAAUGAGGACAGAACUAAUAUUACCAAAACAGCUGGGGAAAUACAUGAACAGAGUAAAAGACAGAAUGGUGGAAUCAUAGGAAGGGAAAACAACAAACCACAGGGACAAGCUGACAAUUCAGAAAGGCCUGGCAAGAAGUCAGAACCUGGGAACAAGGCUGGACUUAGCAAGACAGAUAGCAGCAGCAACAGUGACAGAUAUGAUAGCUAUGAUUUUGAUGAUGAAUCCAUGCAAGGCGAUGGCCCUGACAGCAGUGAUGGAUCGAAGGGAAGUGAUGAUGCCACUUCAGAAGGUGACAAUGACAGCAGUAGUCAAGGAGAUGCUACCUACCACUCAGAUGAAUCUGAAGAUAAUGGCAAUGACAGUGACUCAAAUGGAGGAGAUGAUGACAGCGAUAGCACAUCAGACGCUAAUGAUAGUGACAGUAAUGGUGAUGGUGACAGCGAGAGUGAUGAAGAUGAGUCAGAAAGCAGCCAAGGCAAAUCAGAAAGUGGUGACAAGGAUGACAGCAGUGACAGCAAUGACAGCAGCGACAGCAGUGACAGCAGCGACAGCAGUGACAGCAGUGACAGUAGUGACAGCAGCAACAGCAGUGACAGCAGUGACAGCAGCGACAGCAGUGACAGUAGCGACAGCAGUGACAGCAGCGACAGCAGCGACAGUAGCGACAGCAGUGACAGCAGCGACAGCAGUGACAGCAGCGACAGCAGCAACAGCAGUGACAGCAGUGACAGCAGUGACAGUAGUGACAGUAGUGACAGCAGCGACAGUAGCGACAGCAGUGACAGCAAAGACAGUAGUGACAGCAGCGACAGCAGCAACAGCAGUGACAGCAGUGACAGCAAAUCAGACAGCAGUGACAGCAGCGACAGCAGUGACAGUAGUGACAGCAGCGACAGUAGCGACAGCAGUGACAGCAAAGACAGUAGUGACAGCAGCGACAGUAAUGACAGCAGCGAUAGCAGUGACAGCAAAUCAGACAGUAGUGACAGCAGCAACAGCAGUGACAGUAAAUCAGACAGUAGUGACAGCAGCAACAGCAGUGACAGCAAAUCAGACAGCAGUGACAGUAGUGACAGUAGUGACAGCAGCGACAGCAAAUCAGAGAGUAGUGAAAGUAGUGACAGCAGUGACAGCAGCGAUAGCAGUGACAGUAGUGACAGCAGUGAAAGCAAAUCAGACAGCAGUGACAGCAGCGAUAGCAGUGACAGUAGUGACAGUAGUGACAGCAGCGAUAGCAGUGACAGUAGUGACAGCAGUGAAAGCAAAUCAGACAGCAGUGACAGUAGCGAUAGCAGUGACAGUAGUGACAGUAGUGACAGCAGUGACAGUAGUGACAGCAGUGACAGCAGCAACAGUAGUGACAGCAGUGACAGCAGCAACAGCAGUGACAGCAGUGAUAGUGAAAGUAGUGAUAGCAGUGACAGUAGUGACAGCAGUGACAGCAGUGACAGUGAUGACAACAGUGAUAGCAGCGAUGACAGCAGUGACAGUGAUGACAGCAGUGAUAGCAGCGAUGACAGUAGUGACAGCAGUGAUAGCAGCAACAGUGAUAGCAGUGAUGACAGCAGUGACAGCAGUGACAGCGAUGACAGUAAUGACAGCAGUGACAGCGAUGACAGUAGUGACAGCAGUGACAGCGAUGACAGCAGUGACAGCAGUGACAGCAGCGAUAGCAGCAACAGUGAUAGCAGUGAUGACAGCAGUGACAGCAGUGACAGCGAUGACAGCAGUGACAGCAGUGACAGCGAUGACAGUAGUGACAGCAGUGAUGACAGCAAUGACGAUGGCAGUGACAGCAGUGACCAUGGGGCUAGCACCUCUGACAGCAGUGAUGAGGACGAUGACCAGAGCAAGUCUGGAAAUGGCCACAGCAAUGGGAGUGACAGCGCCAGUGCCAGUGAGGGCAGUGACAGUAACCACUCAACGAGCGAUGACUAG